UAUUUAUACGCAUUUUUGAUUCGUAUAAACAAGAAGUUAAUUUAAAAAAUUGCCUAACAAUGGAAGAGACAAGUGAAGACAAACGCAAAACUUGGACUGACGAAGAACGAUUAGAACUUGCUACGAAAUUAGAUGCUGAACUGGAUGAAUAUAUCAGUAAUUUGGAGAGAAAAAGCUACACAGAGGGAUGGCCAGAAGAUCGGUGGCAGGAGGAAAUGGAAAAGCAUCCAUUCUUCAUGAAAAAAGCACCAGAACCUGGAGAAGAACUUUCUCCCUUGAUGGAAGGGUUGCAACAACUUAAAUAUGGAGAAGAUGAAAACACACCUGAGGAACUUGCAUAUAAUUAUAAAGAGGAUGGAAAUUUUAACUAUAAAUAUAAAAAGUAUAGAUUAGCUAUUUUGAGUUAUACAGAAGGUAUAAGAACUAAAUGCAAAGAUAAAGAUUUGAUGGCACAACUUUAUAAUAACAGAGCUGCUGCACAUUUUAUGUUAAAAAAUUAUAGAUCAAGUUUAAAUGAUUGUAAGUUUGCUCUGAAGUUAAAACCAAAUUAUACAAAAGCUCUGAAUAGGGCUGCCACUUCUUGUUUUCAUGUAAAAAACUAUGAUCAAUGUAUUGAUCUUUGUGACCAAUUGCUUGAUAAGUCUCCUACUGAUAAAACAGUACUGAGCUUAAAGUCACAGGCAAUAGCUGCUAGAGAGCGUUUGAAAAGAGAUAAGAGAAAGCAAGAUAGAUUAGAAAAAAAAUUAAACAAGGAAGAAGAAGAAUUAAUAAAUAUAAUAAAAAGUAGAGGCAUUAAUCUAGAAUUAAUUGAUGGAAGAAAAAAUCCAGAUUUGAAAGAUUUAGAACCUCAAGUACCACAGAUAGCACAGAGUAGGGUUCACCUUGAUGCACAAAAUAAACUUAUUUGGCCAGUCAUGAUUUUAUAUCCAGAAACCCAUCAAACAGACUUCAUACAAAAUUUCCAUGAGGAUACAUUGUUGAUAAAACAAUUAGAACAGCUAUUUAAUGAGCCACCUGAGUGGGACUCACAGAAACGCUAUACUCUUCAGAAUAUAAAUGUUUAUUUUGAGAGCAAAGAUAAAUGUUCUGUGCAUAAGGUGAACGUCGGUCAUUCGCUAGGGAAAAUAUUACAGGACGAGCGACUUACAGUACGUGGAGGGACACCGGCAUUUUUAAUACUUGUAAAAUCUAGCGAAGCGGAAAAGCGAUUUUUAUCCAACUAUCGUCUUAGAAGGGACCGAUGGAGACAGGCGAUCGAGCAGUGGUGCCACCUGCAGCACCUGCCAGAGCCAGGUGGGCAUAAAGAGUCAGGGCCUCAGUCAGAAAUUCAGUUCAAGAGACGCUCUACAACGGGAGGCUGUUUUUCUUUCAAAACGGUGAGAAGGAAGGUACGAAACACGGCGAACCACUACGGUAUCCACUACACGGGCUCGUACGCUUAUAGCAACGGAGCACCGAGCGUGUACAGUAGUUAUCCAGCGAACGGUGGCUUCGUGCAGCCCCAUCUCCAUGAGGACUACCGGCCGAUUUACUUUUACGUAGCCCAGCCGUACACUAUCCCGUAUACGUUCGCAAAGAGGCCGAGACCGUCGUCGCUACUGAGGCCUGGCAAACCUCGGAGCAACUGCCGCGUUAAGUUCUCAAAGAGGUUAGGAAACGGUGAUUUCUCGCAGAAGGUGAAACAGGGCGAGUUCUCGAGGAGCCUCAGCCAGGUGCAUUUUGUCGAGAGUCAGGGGCAAGUGAUCUCAAACUAUCCGAAGGCUGGCUUGCCCCGUGAUCCAAGGAUGACGUCGAUGUUCCGAAGGGGCACGAUCUUCGCCACGUUCUUCCUGUCGUUGCUAGGCGGUGGGCUGGUCUGCGCCGCCCUGGUCACGCAACACUGGGUCGAGGCGAGACCCUUGAGAACUCCGAACCCCCAAGAGAGCGCCGGCAGAGUUCACUUUGGCCUCCUUCAGGGAAAGAAGGAACUGAACGUUGCCUACGGCUGGAGGACCUAUCAUAUCUCUGUGCCUCAGAUGAUUAAACAAGAUCCGACAGUGAUGUCCUGGGGACUUUGGAUCAGCACUUUAACUACAACCUCGGCUGCUCUUGUCACCGCUGGUCUGGCUGCUCUUCUCGCUGUCUUGAACACAGCCACUUCUCCUAGAUCAAAGAUCCUCUCGGAUCCCGGAGUGUACUUCAUAAAUAUUUUAACGUUAUUAAUGUGCAUGGCAAGUACGAGUACUUGGCUGGCACAGUAUUACACGAAGCUAUACUUCAACGUGCUUCCAAAGGAGGACAUCGACAAUAUGUGGACCAGCGAAGGUUCCGCCGAGCUCGGUUAUUCAUUUUGGCUCGUUGUGUGUGCUGGCGUGGUGCAUUUAAUCAGCAUAGCAUUGGUCGGCUGGGGUUCUGGACGAGACAAAAUCAAACGGCUAGAGACAAUUCCGGCACUGGAGGAAAAGACCGCCGCGGCAAUAAUGCUGUACUGAAUCCCGCAGGCUUUUGAAAAGAGACUCAAAGAGAAAAGAGAUCCAUUACAAAAAUUACACAGAGUAGUGCUCACAUCUGUUGGCGUGCGACGAAGCAACCAGGAGUCGAUUAAGCAGAAAUCAGGCUACGAUAUUUCUGCUGUACGAGAAACGACAAGUUCCUAGAGAUGUUUGUUAGCGUACUUA